AUGACCUCUGAUGGGCCCUCUUCAAGCCUGGACGCUACAUGUUUACCAAGUGUCUGGGGCACUGAAAACCCGAGGCGUGGUAUAUUUGAUGUAGGCGAAGAGAUCAUGUGCGAUGGUGUCACAUAUUACAAACUCGAAGCCCGCUAUCUUGACCAUGAGAAGGGACUUUCCUUCGGCUUGAAAGUCGUCGAGGUUGUGACGCUUGCCCUGGUCUUAAGGGAGGCAGUCCUCUUGACAUCUUGGUGGAUCAAGUUCUGUACCAAGCGCCGCUAUAGAAGAGCGGAUGCUCGCGCUGCCGAGCUCGCUGCCAACCGUGAUGCCACGCGCACUGCCAAUGCCAAUGGCACUCAAAGACAAGCGGGCCAAGGAAAUUGA